UCUGCUGGACAUUACUGUUGUGAGUGAGCGCUCCACUUUUGAACACUUGCCUCAUAUGUCUGACGGGGAAACACGUUUUCAAGAGUGGAAAUGGCUUCUCUGCGUGUAGAAAACCUUUUAAACCUUUGAAAGUCAUUAAUGACGUUUAUUAUGGAUUACAAGAAACACUUCGGCUGUUGGAUUUUUAAACGCGCGUCAGAAUCCGUCAACACUUUCACCAUUAAAACAGCUGGAGCUCAACGGUUUUCAGUAUGAGAAAAACUGCGAACAUCAGUGUCGCUGUGGUAAUAGCUGUCCUGUGGCUGAACUUUACAUGUCAUUGCGCUGAAAUCCAUAGGAAGUCUGAAGUGGACACCCAGCAGAGAGGUUCUGACGUUGCCCUGUCCGGUUCAUGGGGCUCUUGGGGGCCAUGGGGGGAGUGCUCGCGCUCCUGUGGUGGAGGGGUUCAGGAACAGACUAGAGCCUGUCUGCCUCGCUACAGUUCUCAGUCUCCGGUAGCUCCCCCGAGACAGGUGGAGACCCAUGAGUUGGGCCGUGACAUAUCAGUACCACCACACAGACACACAGCAGUGGAGAACACGGGCUCAGACCCUUCUACACGAGCAGAUCAUAGACAGCUGAGUGUGAGCAGAUAUGGACAGAGGAGAACAAACAGUAACCGUAUCAAUCCAGGAAUGUACGGAUAUGGCAGAAUUCCAUACAUAACUCCUUUACAGAAAGACUCUGGCCAAACAUCCCAUCACAGACAGAGACGAUCUGCAUCAAAUUACCCGCACCAGAGCUACAGGACACAUCACAGAAACACCCACCAAAAUGUCCGCCAGCGCCCUGUCUGGGCACCUGUACAGCAGCCUGGUUCCACCCACCACAACCAGCUGCAGUGGAACACAGCGGGCACAUCAGCACCAGUGCAAACCAGACCAUACAACCUGCUACCAAACAACUCCUGCCCCGGCACACCAAACCAGCACAAAAUCUGCAACACUGUGACAUGUCCGUCACUGAGCAGACCAAUCAGAAAUCUGCAGUGCUCCACUUUUAACACGCAGCCAUUCAUGGGUCGACUCUACAAAUGGGAACCUUUUAACGACGUUUCUGGGGAACAGCGGUGUGAACUCAACUGCCGUGCCAUCGGAUUCAGAUUCUAUGUACGCCAGGCAGAUCAAGUCAUCGAUGGAACUCCGUGUGGGCCAAACGACACGUCUGUGUGUGUGAAGGGAAAGUGUCAGAGUGUCGGUUGCGAUGAUCUCCUGGGCUCUGGCAAUGUGCGUGAUAAAUGCGGUGUUUGCGGUGGAGAUAACAGCACAUGUAAGCUUGUCUCCGGCCUGUUUCAGCACAGCCUGUCUAAAGUGGGUUACCACAAGAUUGUAGAGAUUCCGCAGGGCGCCAUGAAGAUCAAUGUCACAGAGAUGGUAAAGAGCAGGAACUAUCUGGCUCUGCGCAGUCGGUCUGGCCGAUCGAUUAUUAACGGAAACUGGGCCAUUGACCAGCCUGGUAUGUAUGAGGGAGUGGGAACCAUGUUCACAUACCGGCGGCCCAAUGAGAUCUCCAGCACCACGGGAGAAUCAUUCCUGGCCGAGGGCCCGACAAAUGAGAUCCUGGACGUUUACAUGAUCUACCAACAGACCAAUCCAGGAGUUCAUUAUGAGUUUAUUAUGCCCUCAGAGAACACUGGAAACUCUCAACAUCAUGAAGACCAACAACUGCAGGUAAAUGUUGUGAACGGGCAGUCUGGUUAUGAUCCAAGCAGCCUUCCGACUCUAGAGGAACGUGAACAGUCAAGUGUGGUCAGGUAUCCUCCCCCCAUCCCUGACAACCAGUUACCUGCAUCGGCACACCCAGACAGACACAGAGACUACAACUGGAAACUCACUGGCACCACAGACUGCAGCACCUCCUGUGGCAGAGGUAGCAGGUACACAGUGUUUAGCUGCGUCCACCGGGUUACUCACACACACGUGCUGAAUGGUCUGUGUGACAGCAGCACCAAACCCAACGUGCAGGAGGAGCCGUGUAACAUGCAGCCGUGUCCUGCGUUCUGGGACAUUGGCGAGUGGUCUGAAUGCAGUAAAACUUGCGGUUUGGGCAUGCAGCAUCGUCAGGUUCUCUGUCGUCAGGCGUAUGCCAACCAUACGUUAAAUGUGCACACCAGUCGAUGUCAGCACCUGGAGCGUCCUGAGACGAGCACCACCUGCCAGCUGAAGAUCUGCAGCGAGUGGCACAUUCGCUCAGAGUGGAGUUCCUGUUCUGUGCCCUGUGGAGUAGGUCAGAGGUCACGCGAGGUGCACUGUGUCAGUAAUGUUGGCGAUAUUGUAGCAGAUGACGAGUGCAACAUGAAACUUCGGCCCAGUGAUGUGGAGAACUGUGAUGCUGGUCCCUGUACAAAGAGCUGGUUCUUCAGUGAGUGGAGUGGUCAGUGUUCUGCUGAGUGUGGCGCAGGCAUGCGGACACGCCACGUAUUGUGCCUCACCAAUUACAUCAGCAGUUUGCCUUUAGAGAGCUGUGGGUUACAGCGCCCCCCAGAGGCACAACCUUGCAACAACGGCCCCUGUGAAAGCCGCACUGAAUGGUUCACUGGAGCCUGGAGUCAGUGCUCAGCGGAGUGCGGCGCUGGCAGCCAGCAGAGGACAGUAGUGUGUUUGAUGAAGUCUGAUGAGGGUUUUACCGUCAUGCCCCUUUAUGAGUGCUCUUCUCUGGACAGACCGCUCAGCCAACAGAGCUGCUUCAUCAAAGCCUGUGGAGCAAAGUGGUACCACACAGACUGGAGUGCGUGUUCAAAGACAUGUGCGGGCGGUUACCGUCUGCGAGAGGUGCGCUGUCACUCUGAUCACAUGAUUGCCAGUGACAGCUGUGAGGAAACACUAAAGCCGCAUAACAAAGAGGAGUGCAACACUGAGCCCUGCCUGCCUCCAGUUGAUGAAAAUUGUCAAGAUAAAUAUUUCAACUGUAAUGUGGUGGUCCAGGCACGUCUCUGCGUUUAUGACUACUAUAAGAUGGCAUGUUGUGCUUCCUGCACACGUGUGGCACAAAAGAAUUCAGGAAACUGGAGACACACAUAGAACAACUUCCUGCGGAUGUACCAUCACUAUCGCAUCGCAUCACUGCACAGUAACAGACCUGAGUGCAGGUGAAAUGCAUCAGUUGAUAUCAGUGAUUCUUUUGAAGAACAAGACAGAAAUUCCUGAAGGAGUGACUUUAUAAGAGGGGAAUACAGACUCGCCGUUUAUCACUAAUUCUCUUUGGACAGGAGAAAUGCUGAACUGUAUGGCCUGUGGCCUCAGCAUAUAAUGACAGUAUGGGAGGAUGUUUACAUUGACAACAACUCAUAUGGUGCUUCAGCUGGAAUACAAUUUGAAGAAGGAACACAUUUGUAUUAGAAACAGAACAUUUGAAACUAAAGAUGCACAGUGUGUGCCGUCAGUGGUCACACUACAGAGGGAAGUAUUUUAGAUCAGUUUAGCUCACCUGAGAGUUCUCUGACCGCAAGAACACAUGAUGAUGCUCAUAUCUCAGUAGUGCAGAAAACAAGACCCAUGUACACUGUAAAGUUUAAAGAGUAAUAGGCACAUUUAAAGGAACAGUUUACCCCAAAAUGUAAAUUCUCUCAUCAUUUACUCACCCUC